GAGCCAACUGCCCCUCCAUUACCUUCUUCCAUAAAUGCUUUUGCUGCCUUCCCACUAUCUUCUUACCCACUUUUAAUCUCUGCCCAAUCCCUCACUUUCCUCUCCCAAACAUUUUGCAAAUUCCACAAAAAGAAAAAGAAAGACAAAACAAAAAAUCAUGAAUCUCUUCAUCCCCAUUUUCCCAUUUCUCAUUGCCAUUCUUCUUCUCUCGCCGUCUAUCUCUCUCGCCACCGCCCGGAAGGACGGCGGCUUCGAUGGCAUGUUCGGACCCGGGAACGGAUUUGGCGACAUACCCGGCUUUGGAAAGGGUUGGGACAAGGGGAUCAUCGGCGGGGGAUACGGCGGCGGCUACGGUGGCCCCAAAGGCGGUUACGGCAAGGGUGGUAUCAUAAGAAAUUCUGUGGUUUGUAAAGUUAAGGGUCCUUGUUACAAUAAGAAGGUGACUUGUCCGGCUAAGUGCUUCUCCUCCUACAGCCGAUCGGGCAAGGGUUACGGCGGUGGAGGUGGCGGCGGUGGCUGUACCAUCGAUUGUACUAAGAAAUGUAUCGGCUAUUGUUAGGGAGGGGCGGUAAUGGCGGCGGCGGCUUCUGAGUGUUUUCUUUGACACGGCCGCUCGGUAGCCGGAAAGUACCUAUAAGUAGUAAUUAAGGUUUGCCUUAAUGGGAAAGAAAGGCUAUGUAUUGGAGUUUUACUAGAAGACUGAUAUAUAAACUAAUAGAAAUAUAUAAUUAUAAGUAAUGUUAUGUUGGUGUUUGGAUCGCUAUGUAUGAGUUUUUUAAAUUAUGGUUCUCUUGAAAUGUUUUGGAAUUGGGUUCUCUUUUCUGAUUUCA